GAAAAAAAUCAGCACUAACAAAAGCAAGAAAAUGGUUAGUGCUUAGGCGACAACAAUCUUAAAUCUACUUCGUAUAAGCUGUUAAUUAAUAAGAAGCAAAUUGUCAGCAAAAAACUUGACCUACGCCUACACAAAAGUACGAAAAAUGAGUCAGGGAUUUCUCUAGAGUUCCACCUUUUUACUGUUCUUCAAACUUACUAGAUCUAUUUUUCUUUCUGACAACUUUACGUAACAUAGGUCGUCAGUCCUAAGACUGCUUGGACGCGCACCUCCACUAUCCUUUCUUAUCCUGAGCUAAUCUCUUCACAUUUCCCGAAAACUAGAACAACUUAACUAUUUGCCAACAGUAAUCUGACAAUAAGGUCUUUCUCUGCCGAAUUUUACUCUUGUCUCUACUACUGCAUCUAAUUAGCCCUUUAUGUCCCCUAAAUAGAUACCCACUAAAAAUCUCUCUCUAAUUUUUGCAUUAGCUCUUAAAAUCGUGUUAAUAAGAAGUGUGAAGUUCUCAUUUAGAAUGUACAUUCUCUCCAUUUAAGGGUUGUACAUAACACGAAGAUGUAUGUACGUGUAUGGUGCCCUUUCCAUGUAUCCAAGAAUUUCCGUCAAGUCCGACAUUGUGUGACGGUGAGCGAGAGCAAUUUGCAAUUUGCUCGGGCGCCACUUUGUCAUUUAACGGACCGUAAAAUUACUGUACAUGAUGGGAAAUAUAAUAAGUACCUAUAUUCUAUAUUAUUUACCCUUCAUUUCAAAAAGUAUCUUAUCUAAAUCCCUUCGAUAUUUUUGCGCACUUAUUUAUACGAACCUGUUAAAGUGCGUGUUUUGCACAUUAACUAAAGUAGUUGUGUACGUCUUUUUAAAUUUGGAAUGUUGUGUUAUGGUUUGUCGUGGGCUUGUUGUUAUUCGCACAACAGCCAGUUAAUUCACGUUUAGUUCAAACUUGUCAUGGUUGAGGAGGUUUCUUAGAUUUCAAAUUAUCAAUAAUCAAAAUCAAAUAAACCUCAAAUUAUAAUGACAUAAUAUAAUAAGACAUUUCGUAAUUUGUACAUUUUUUAUUUUUUUUUUUUCUAUUAAUUUUAAAAUGGCCCCAUUUAUCCUGCAAAUGCCCGACAAACCUAUUGGGAACAGGAGACCUAACUUAAGGAUCAUGUACACGCAAAAUAACUACGGUAGCGGUAUAAAAAUAUCGGAUUGGGAAAAAGAUAGAGAAAGCAGACCUCGAGAUAACGACCCCUUCGCCCCUGAUAAGAUUAACCUACAUCUAGCCAACUAUAACCGUCUGGGUUGUCUGUCUAACGAGCCGUAUACUACCACGACCAGGACUAUGUUAGAACAAAUAAAAACUAAGCACCAUCACGUUAUUCCGAAUACUAAUAAAUAUUUAGUUAGUUACUAUUCUUUUCAGGGUUUGCAGCCCUGUUUUAUUGAAAAAUCUACCGAUUCUGUUUGUACAAAUUUCCCAAACGAUUAUGUUACCACCAUGCAAAAAGAUUACAGUCCACCCAAACCUAUUGUUAUCAAAGGGGUGGCACUGCCCCCACAACCUCCUGGCCUAUACAAAAGGUCGCGAUGGCCGGAUGCCACUAACGUAGAAACGAAAUUUUGGGACGACACAUUACUCAAACAAAUCUGUUUAACUCAGAAAAGAAAACAAGUAAAAGUCGGGUAUAUUAAAAAAAUUAACGAACUGUAAUAAUUGCACAAAUCUUAAUGUACUUGUUCUUACUUAUAAACUUACAAUUUUGAUUGCUUAAA